AUGGCAGCGAACAUUGGCGGAGUCACCUAUGAGGUGGACUUCAAGCCCAAUACGGCUAUUCUUGCCUAUCCUUCGGAAUCUUCUUCUAUUACAGUGUCGUCGUUAGGCGAUACGAUUGUGGGAGAUGUUCAGAAGAAAAAGCAGAAGGGUCGAUCAUUCGGCUUCUCUUUGCCCUCCAAGCUCAAGAAGAAAUUCACAUCAAGAACGAACAAGAAGAUAAAGGGAAAGGCCAAGAUGGCUUCUCUAAAGUCUGCUGCUGCUGCUGCUAGUGAACCUUCCAAGAAUCUCAUCCGAAAAUGGAAUUCAACAAGCAGCUGGAACUAUGAACCGUUGGAAUCCAGUGGAUCUCUCUUCGCGGGACGGUUGGAGGAUGACAAUGUCAACAUCAAUAGUCUUCCUACCGUUCCGGAAGAAUCUUCAGAACGACUCCAACCGCAAGAAUCAUCAUCAUCAUCAUCUUCUUUCCGCCUCAACAAGAACAAAACAACUCAAAAUGAAGUGGUGCAAGAAAACAUUCCCAAGAAAAAAUGGAAGCGCCUUAAGCGCCUUCUCACGAAAUUCAAGAAUCACAAAUCGAGUCAGAGCAGUGUUGCUGAUACUGCUUCGACUACAAGCUCUCCUUCUCCUCCUCCGAGGGUUGAGUCUUUAGAUGCCGCUCUUCGUGAUGACACGGAAGUUGCGUUGGCAUCUGCUGAUGAUACCUUUUUCUCCAUUCCUCCUGAAACAACUACUUGUUUGCCCUCUCACAAAACUCCUUUGCCCCCCAGCUUGACUCUGGUGCGACCUUCUUCAGUUGCCCGACAAGCGAGUGCGGCAAACUUUGUAAACAUGAUGCCUCAAGAAGUUGAAUAUCCAAGCGAUGAAGAGGAUUCCUCCGUGGACAGCAUUGUCAGUCCAGUUCCUUGUGGAAGCCCUCCUCGCACCAAAAAGAUUUUGAACUACAAAAAGAAUGUCAAGGUGGCAAAUAACAAGAAAAAGACAAAAGCCCCGGUUGUGGUUGCUAAAUCUUCAACGGCAACAACAACAGCAACUGUGGUGGCUCUUCGUCGAUGGAAUGUGUGGGCGCUGCUACUGGUAGCAGUCUUGUGUGCUCUCUCUGUGUGGCAAGCGUGGUUUGCUUUGCCCCGGGAAGCAGUAUCCGAGCCUGUUAUCUCGCUGGUUUCUAGCGGUGCCAACAUUUCAUAUGUAGGGGAAUGUUACUACUACAAGGUGGACGGCAGAGAUGAAUGGCCUUGGGACGAAUACGAGGCUCGCUCUGUGUACUCCACCAUGUUUGAUGAAAAUGGCGUUUUGGAUUGCUCGUUUCAUUUUUGA